CCAACCCCAACGAGGCCUACGAGGUGGCGGCUCCCCGUUUUAUGCCGGCGCGCAGUGAACCUUUCGCUGAUUAUUUUCACAAAGCAGCUAAUGUUAAAUUUACUGAAAACGUUUGUUUCAAGUGCUUUAUUAUUAUUUUCUUUUUUUCUCUUCUUUUUUAUUAUGUUUUGUUUUUUGUUCUCUGCUGUUCUCUUGUUUCUCCUUCUGUGUGUAUCGUCAUUGUGGAGUUGCGUUUUUAUGGUAAUGCUUUUCAAGGCACAAAGACCCAACGCCAGACAGCAAAUAAAAAGGAGCUUAAAUAAUGCGAGCGACGAGCCCAAGGUGAGGCAGUCCAAUGCAUGUUGAACUGAUGGCGCAUGCUUUCAAAAUGGACGAUUAUGCGACAAAUGCAGAAGGCAAAUGAGCAAAGGAUGCGCUUGCCCCAGCACCAAAGCCUGCACCACCACCAGCACCAAUACCAAGAGCCAUUAACCAUGCCGGACAACCACAUUGCCCAGGCACAAGUACAAAGCGCUGUAAAUCAUCUUGAAUGGCAAGCGCAAGCAGAACAAGGAACAAGAAGUGCAGAGGACUACGCAGGGAAUUGGCUUGAGGCUGGCUCUGCUGUCGGUGCUGUCAGUGCUGUCGGUGGUGCUGGUGGUGCUGGUGGUGGUGGGUGCAAGACAGAGCAUUGUACCAGAGCCGAGCUCACCUUUCAGCCACAACGGACACUUGGGCCAACAAAAGAAGGGAAUGAAAAGCACCCGCUCCGGUCAGAGCCAGGCAAGCAGUGAUCCAACCGACUCGAGUGCUAGUCGAACAUUUACAUGCAUAGACAUGCAAUCGCCAGCCUCCUGGGAAAUGGCGGGAGAGGGGGGCCUGCUCUGGCUGCAGCAUGUGCACGAACGUUCGCAGGGGCCAGCCAGCAAUCCGGGGAAUGUCAGCGACACCCUCCAUUACUCAAGCUUGGCUGAGUUGGGCAAAUCAGCGCAAGUCGCGCACAAUUACAAACUGGAACAACUGCUCUGGGAAUCCCGAAUGGCCGGGCAAACACACAAAACACAUCAACGGCAACGCGACCAUCGUCAAGUGGAAACAAAACAGCGACCAGGCAUAAGCUCAAGUGCAUUUCAUUUGUAUUUUAUGCGUUUCGUGUUUGCUUUGCAUUCGACUCGCUUCUCUACGCUUUUGAUUGCUGCCAAAAGCCAACGGAUUCGUCAUCAUUCGCUACCUCUGACCUCUCAAUGCGAAUUCGACGUGGAAUUAUCUCAGCUUUCAUCUAUUUAGUGUAAAACUCUGCUCAGAGCAGCUUUAAAAAACUCAAAAAUAUUUGUAAACUAAUUUAGACAGCAUAAUUAAAUUCAUUUCUGAUUCAAA